AUGUCGUAUAUUCCCUCGCAAGCCGCGCAUAGCGUGGUACAGCGCAUUAUCGAUGAUAUAAAAAAAAAUGCAGUGGAAAUCGCCGGGCGACAUGCCCGAGCGAAGCUGCGGAGCAGCUACGUAGAGAGGUCGCCGGGCGCCCGCGCCACUGCUGUGACGCCAAGACUGCAACAGACAGCCGCACGCCGGCAGUGCCCAGUGCCCGGACGCUCUACGCACGUCUCAGCAGGGGACUAUUUCACUAGGCUGGUCAACAGCUCGCCGAAGCCAAGGGUGCUCAGAAGCGCCGCCCACCCAGUCGCCAUACACCUACUCAAACUGGCCCACAGCGCCGCAUACAGAAAGUAUCGUAAGCUAGUUCUGCUCUCCAGCCCCAAGCUCAUAAGAGAGUACUGCGAGCGUCACGGAGCAUGCAGCAGACUCUACACCACGUCGUUUGACAACCCCUUGCUGAUGGAGCCGCAAAUACGGGGGAACAAAGUGUUGACGUGCUCCGAGAAGCUGUUGCGCAAGAUCGCAUCUGUCCAUUCGUACAAUAACGGACUCCUGGCGGAGGUCCCAUAUCCGCCGCCGUCCCAGCAUCUCGGCAAUGCAACACUGGUCCUCUGUGUAGGUGCCAGCGCACGCGCAGCUGAGCGAGACACAGCGGCUACGCUGAUGCGCACUGCGCACGCACUCCAGUGGCAGGCCGUUUGGUUACUCCAGCAUGGGGAGCAUGACUUCCUCGACCCACGGGCGAUAAGAGCUUCACAGAACUGCCUUGACACAAUGCCCUACAUCACGGGAGACGCCCGCGAAGCAGUCAAUUUCGCGAAAGAAAAUGGGCUGCUUAUGUGCGUUUGCGCGGACGGAGGAAUCGCCAUAGGAUCCGAAAACGCACAGCAAAUUUUGAAGCGGCACCGCGGCAUGAUGCUACUUGUCGGCAAGCAGCCUAGGGAACUCAUCGAGAGCGCCACAAAGCUCGACGUGAUGCUGUCCAACCCAAGGGGCCACGUGGUAGCCUCCGAAUGCGCCGCUCCGCGGCAGUACGCGCUGGAUGGCUCCACCAAAAGUUGCAUUCUCAUGUACCUCGUCCGCAAACAACUGCAUUUUACCGCGCCGAGGUCCCCGUACCUCGCUUAA